AUGGCUACAGUGAGAUCUCAGCCGCAUCAUGAGAAGGGGCCGAUUGCAGAAUACGAUCGCAGAGUGGCAUCUGGCCGGCUGCGAGACGAUGAACACCAGAGGACGUUGAUACAGGCUUUGGAGGAUCUCCAUGAGACUCUGUCCAAAUAUAGGCCACCCAAAGUGGUACGGCCGACAAUCGAGUCUUUGCAGCCCAAGAAGCCGUCCUUCUUUGGAUCAAUACUGGGUAGCGGCACAGUCGGCCAGCUACAGAUGCGACCUCACGCGGAUCUGCCCAAAGGCCUGUAUAUGUAUGGAGAUGUUGGCAGUGGGAAGACGAUGUUGAUGGAUCUCUUCUACGAGACACUACCGGACAAUAUCACCCACAAGAUGCGUAUACAUUUCCACAACUUCAUGCAAGACGUACACAAGGAGCUGCACAAGAUGAAGAUGCAGUACGGGAACGAUAUCGACUGCAUCCCGUUCGUGGCGGCGACGUUCGCGGAGAAGGCUUCAGUUCUAUGUUUCGACGAGUUCCAGUGCACGGAUGUCGCAGACGCUAUGAUUCUCAGACGACUGAUUGAGAGCUUGAUGGCGCACGGGACAGUGAUUGUGACCACCAGUAACCGACACCCGACGGAGCUGUACAAGAACGGCAUCCAGCGAGAGUCUUUCGUUCCGUGUAUUAACCUCCUUUUGGACCAGCUUCGAGUGCUCAACUUAGAUUCAACGACAGACUACCGAAAGAUUCCACGACCGCCGUCGGGCGUAUACCACCAUCCACUGGACGCAGCGGCGAAGCGACACGCAGAACAUUGGUUUAAAUUCCUGGGCGACUUCGAACACGACCCCCCUCACAAGGCCGUCCAGCACGUCUGGGGUCGCGACAUCGAAGUGCCUCGCGCCUCUGGCAAAGCCUGCUGGUUCACCUUCAACGAGCUCAUCGGCAGCGCCACCGGAGCAGCCGACUACCUCGAGCUCGUCCGGCACUACGACGCCUUCAUCGUGACAGACGUCCCCGGGAUGAACCUUCGCAGCAGGGAUCUCGCCCGCCGCUUCAUCACCUUCCUCGACGCCGUCUACGAAUCCCGCGCCAAACUCGUCCUCACCACCGCCGUCCCCCUAACCCAAAUCUUCAUGUCCCGCAGCGAAGUCGACGACCUAAUCGACCAAGCCGCCGCGACCGGCAACUCGGCCUCGAAGCACGCGCAGCAAAUCAAACAAGGCGGGGACGUCGACGACGCGAUGCGCAUGAUGAUGGACGAUCUGGGGAUGAACAUGGAGAACAUGAAGAAGAGCAGUUUCUUCACGGGCGACGAGGAGGCGUUUGCGUUUGCGCGGGCGUUGUCGCGGUUGACGGAGAUGGGGAGUCAGGAGUGGGUGGAGAGGGGGUUGGGCAUGGAGGCGAGGGGUGGCGAGCAGGAGAUGGAGGAUUGGAAGAAGGUGAGAGGGCAUUGGCGGCAGGAUAGUUAUUGA